GUGAGGUGAUGCUGAGCACUCCUGCCACGGAGUUUGCAUGAUCACGAGCGCAAUCAAAGCGUAAUUUAUGACUCGCUCCAUCUGGGGAUGAAAGUGUCGAACUCCAGGCUAAAUGUCACUACGUCGGAUACAUGGGGCACUAUGUAGUGUGUGGAAGACGUUAUUCCACUCGUAGUGCAGUGCGCUUAUCUAGGGAGAAGGGAUAUUUUGUGAUGCGACUCGUGACGUAGUCAGGUUUAGUCAAUCCGCGCGCUCCAUCAGUCAAGCCUAUAUUAAUGCGUUAACCCGCGGUAAGGCAACCUGUCUCUCUGCAGCAUCAGUGUAAUAACUCUGGGGCGGACUAUUCAUCUAAAUAAACACAUUUUUUUUUUCAAUCUAUUUAAUACAAAAGCAGACUGUGUUCGGGUUUCAGCUCAGAAACAGACACUUGCUGCGCGCUUUAGGAAAGGAAGCAUUGUUUUUUUUUUAUAGUACUUCUUUUGACAUGUUGUGUAUUUUGUAUUUGGAUGUUAGUGACUUUUCGUGAAGGAGGACGUUUUCUUGCACUUUUUUGUUAGUUUGUUUCUGCAAGCUUCUGUCUCGCGCUGCAGAUAUGCUCGCGCUGUUUGCUGCGUUCCUGUGCGCUCGCGCGCUGGCUCCCGUGCACCUGGCGGCGGCUGCGGAUAAGCAGCCGCAGGGUGAGCGCUUCGUGUGUACCGCCGUGCCUGCGGGCGCCGACCUCAGCUGCCCGGUGAACACGGAUAACCGCGUGCAGAGCGCGAGCCCGCAGGAGGACGAGUACAGGAGCACGAUCAUGCAGCUCCAGGAGACCGUGCUGCAGCAGAGGGAGACCAUCUCGAGCCAGCAGGGCACCAUCAAGGAACUCAACUCCAAACUUUCGCGCUGCGAGGCCGUGGCGAACGACGCGCGAGACAGCAAGUGGCGUGGAGGCGCGCGCAGGAAGGACUUCGGUAAGAACACGAUGGGCGAUCUGCCGCGCGACCCCGUGGAAACCAUCGAGCAUCUGGGCAAGACCAUGCAGGGGCUGAAGGACCGACUGGAAAACUUGGAGCAGCAGCUGCAUGCCAAUGCUUCUGGUGCGCCAUUCCCCAACGAAUUGCGUGACCUGCUAAAGCGGCGACUGGGGGACCUCGAGAGUCAAUUGCUGAGGAGAGUAGCUGAGCUUGAGGAGGAGAAGACUCAGCUAUACAAUGAGACAAUGGCCCACCGGCAGCACACAGAGAACACGCUCAACUCACUGCUGGAGAGGAUCACAGAGCUAGAAAGAAGUAACAGCGCAUUUAAAUCCCCAGAGGACUUCAAAGUUGCUCUACCAUUGCGCACAAACUACCUUUAUUGCCGAAUCAAGAAGAGUCUGCCAGAAAUGUAUGCCUUCACUGUGUGCAUGUGGCUUAAAUCCAGCGCCAGUCCUGGCAUUGGAACACCAUUUUCAUACGGAGUCCCUGGACAAGCCAAUGAGAUUGUGCUGAUAGAAUGGGGCAACAAUCACAUCGAGCUCCUGGUCAAUGACAAGGUGGCUCAGCUGCCUUUAUCAGUAGGCGACGGCCGUUGGCAUCACAUCUGCAUCACCUGGACAACCAGAGACGGCUUCUGGGAGGCCUAUCAGGAUGGUGAGAGGCUGGGCACUGGGGAGAACUUGGCCCCAUGGCACCCAAUUAAACCUGGAGGAGUGAUCAUUCUGGGUCAAGAACAGGAUAUUGUUGGUGGAAGGUUUGAUGCCACACAAGCUUUUGUAGGAGAGCUAAGCCACUUCAACAUGUGGGAUCGGGUUCUCCGCCCUACAGACAUCUCUGGCAUGGCCAACUGCUCUGCCUACAUGCCUGGCAAUGUCGUUCCCUGGAUAGACACCAAUGUCGAGGUCUUUGGAGGUGCCACAAAAGCAGCAUUGGAGAUUUGCGAGGACCGUCUUUUUGACUCCUAAGACUGACCCUACCUUUAUGGAUCCAACAUUAUCUUUUUGGAGGUAAAGCGAAACACCUCACCAUGCUGCUUUGGGACCAUUGUGGAGAGACAGUCGUUUUAGGAAACAGUAUUCACUGUGCUUAUAUCAUUAUCUCUGGUGGAUUCCUCCUCUUUUUUUUGUUGUUUCUUUUUGUUGUCAACAAGGUCAAUGAUUGAAGUAAUUGUGGCUUUAAAAAAAACAUUCAGAACAUUCCAGUUUAAAAUAUUUGAACAUGUGCAAGCUUGAGCUUCUUGUCAAUGUUAGAUAUGUUUUUGUGUUGCAGACAGCUAAAAAAAAUAAAGUAUGGCUUUAUUAUAAGCAGAGGAAUCACUGGAGUACUGCUGUAUGAUCAACCUGCAUGAAUGCUUACAUUUCAGUUCAUUUUAAUGUCCUGUACAUGUUGAAACAAGCAUUUAACUCACCUUCAGCAAACUGAGGGAAGCUAAGACAGGGCUUGAGCAGAAGCAAACUGCUCUUUUAUAACAUGCAUGAAUGAAAAGUCUUUUUAAAUAUGCAAAGCUGUCUACACACUCAAAUGUGACAGAAUAUGAUUGAUCAGGAGCUUAGUGGAAGGGUGUACACAUUUUCUUGAGCACUAUACUAUAUGGACCCCUGAGGACAGAGAUGUGGAAAAAGGCGGGAGAUUCGUGAACAGAUCUGGCGCAUCGUGGUUGAGAAAUUUAAAGAAUGUUAAAAUUUGUUUGUCUUGCAUUACAGACACUUUUUAUACAUUUUUAUAAGCGUCUUUUGUCAAGUAAGAUGAGUCUGACUUUAACCAAAAUAACUGUGUAGCCCCUAAUUCCAUUUGUGGUUUGGCAAUUGCAGACCCUUUUUAAAAUGCUACUGUAUGAUGCUGAACAUAACGAUAUUUCGUUGGAUGGAAACCUAAUUACUGUAUAUCAGAAUGAAUUGAAAACUUUGAUUUCAAUACUGAAAAUCAAUGUUUGUUCAGGUCUUAUAAUUGAAUUUAUGUUUAUUUAUAGAUAAAAACAUAUUUUGCAUUUCCUGGUCUAGCAAUUUAUUUUCAUUUACAGAUUUCUUCACCUUUGUAAACCUCCAUAUGCACUUUUACUUUGCGGCAAAUAAGAAAUAAGAGGAUUAAAGCAUUGAUCCUUUUCUGCCUACUGUGGUUUAAUUAGGUGCAAAAAGAAUACUAAGUAGAAAUAAAGAGUUGGUUUGUAAAUCCACAUUAAUAUUUUAGUAUAUUAUGAAAUACUAAUAAACCGGGGUCUCUGUUUACCCCCAAACAAUAAGCAAGAUGAGUAAUCUCAACUAACCAUGAACGGUAUUCUACUCGAAUGGGUUAGAUAAGGAAAGUACUUGUUUAAUGAUGGAAAAAAAAAAAAAAAAAAUGAAUAAGAUUUUUUUUUCUGGUGAUGGAAAAAAAAGUAUUGAUGUAUUUUAAUGAAAUAGAGGUUGCUUGCGUUCUCUUCAUUUAUGACGACAGCAAGGUUGAAUGCAUUAUCCCUUCAAAAGCUGAAAGAGCACCAUGCAUUAUUUUUGUACAGAGUCCAUUAACGCUUGCUCGUUUUAGAGUAUUUAUUGAACUGUACAGUGAUGUUUCAAUAAGGCUGUGCAAUAGUUUUAGUGCAGGUUUUCUAAAUACAUUUGUAGCCUACUACACCUCUAGGACCUGCUAGUCCUAAUAGAUUUUGUUUUCAAAUGUACGAAAGAUGGUUUUGAUGAUCUGUAUAGAUGCUGUAAAUUUCAAAAGUACAUCUAACAGGUUCUUUUAAAUGCUUCUUAUAAAGUACGUAAGCAGACACUAGGUUCUUUUGUUGCUGGUGUGUGUCCAGUGAGAACUGGUACAAAACCAUACCAAUGGGAUGAAAUAGAUGGUUUUUCAGUAAUGAAUUGGUGAUCAUGUUCUUUUGAAUGACUAUGUUGUCAAUGAUUAAAUCUAUUGCCACUGUGUAAGAAACAAAUAUGAAAUGUUAACCAUUUAUGUUAUUUGUAUCUGUUUUGACUAAUUAUUUGAUCGUUUGUUUGGUUGUUGUUGUUUUUUUUUUUCAUGAAAACUGAAUGGCCUUUUCCAAGCAUCACUGCUUUCUUCGUUUGUCAAGGAUUUUGUCAAGGAUCAGUCUUUCUUUCCUGAUAAGGAGCAACCCACACAAUUCAGUGUUGAAAUACGGUUGAAUAUCCUUUUUCACCCAAUAAAUCAUUUUAA